AUGAAGACCGUUGUCAUCCUUGGAGGUUCCUAUGGAGGUAUCAGCACAGCACAUAGGAUUCUCAAGCAAGCCAAGACUACCCCAGUCAAGAUCAUCCUUGUGUCCCCAAACACCCACCACUACUGGAACAUCGCAGGCCCAAGAGCUCUCGUACCCGGCCAAAUUCCAGAUGACAAGAUCUUCCAAUCCAUAGCCCCCGGCUUCAAGCAGUACCCCGCAGGCAGAUUUGAGUUCGUCCUUGGCUCAGCCGAAAGCUUAGAUUUGGUAACCAAGAAAGUCACUGUUGCCGGUCCUACAGGUCAGAAAAUGCUAGACUAUGAUAUCCUCAUCCUGGCCACUGGAUCGAGCACGAGAGGAGAUGUGCCUCUUAAGGGCCGCGGGUCGACAGAAGCGACGAAAGAUGCAAUCCAUGUCUUCCAGCAGAAAGUCAAGCAAGCGAAAGAUAUCCACAUUGCCGGUGCCGGUUCAACCGGCGUUGAACUUGCCGGAGAAAUCGCGUUCGAGUAUAAAGGGCAGAAGAAACUUACACUAAUCGCAAGCGGCCCGCACAUCCUCGAAGGAACCCCAGCCAGCGUCACUAAAACAGCCACCAAGCAACUCCGCGACCUAAAAGUUACCAUCAAGACAUCGAGCAAAGUAAUAGGCGAUGCAAAGAUGCCAGAUGGCCGCACAGAACUCACGCUGUCCGGCGGCGAGAAAAUCACCACCGAUCUGUACCUCCCCGCGCUCGGCCUCGUGCCGAAUUCCUCCUACCUUCCCCAUAGCCUCGUCAACGCCGCGGGUUUCGUCAAAGUCGAUGAGUUCCUGAGGGUAAAAGACACGACUAACAUCUGGGCUGUGGGUGAUGUGGCAGAUAUACAGCGGCCGCAGUACAUGAACACCGAGAAGCAAUCUGUGCAUUUGGCGAAGAAUAUUGUAGCUGUUUUGAAGGGUGCACAGGCGGUGAAGUAUAAGAAGGAAGAGAAAGAUAUGCUUGCGGUUCCUGUGGGGAGAAAGGCGGGUACUGGACAUAUGGGAGGCAUGAAGCUGCCCAGUUUCAUGGUCAAUUUGGUCAAGGGCAAGAACCUGUUCAUGGAUAAGAUGCCAGGGAUGAUUAGCGGCUCUAACUUUUAG